AGCACCUCCCCUGUCCUCUCCCUCCUCCCAUCCCACUACUAUCCCCCCAGUCGCAUCAGCCCAGGACAGCCACCACCGAUGUGGGAGCCCCAACAGCCCUCACUCAGGAUGGUCACCCAACUACUACUGCUAAUCUCUGUUCUCCUCCCCACCUACCAAGUGGCGGAAUCACAGGCAUUGUUCACAAUCCGAAGUGUCAAUCUGACUCUGGAGCCCAGCAACGUCGUCUCCCAAGGUACCAAUGUGAUGGUACGCUGCCAGGCCUUAGUCAGCAGCUCUUGGUUCCUGAACCGUGAAUACACCGUCUACAAGGACAACACCGUGGUGUACACGAAGAGCACCACCACCACAGAGGACCUCCUCUACUCUCUGCGCAUGGCCAGAGUGGCAAACACUGGGAAGUACGAAUGCAAGGUGAGCAUACAGGUUCUUGACAGUAACCCAGAGAUAACAGCCAUUGGCAGAGUGAUCGUGGGAAAGCCCUUCAGGUGCGCUGUCACUCAGACCGAGGCAGCCUACCCAUCGACUACACCUUGUGGAAGAAGUAUUCUGAGGGUAACUCGACCACCGUGCAGCAGCCGCACCAUCAGGCCAUCUUCCCUAUCACCGUCCAGCACUACAGCGACACAGUGGACUAUAAAUGUGAGGCACAGAACAACCCCAAAGUCGACGCGUUGGUCAGCAACAAACACCACCGCAGUCUUAGCUGAGCCUGUUGAAGUGUGGAAUGUGCCUCUGUCCAAUCCAGGAGUCAUCAUCACCCCAGACCUGUCGGGGGUCACAGAGGGAGAUGAGAUGUACCUGAUCUAUGGGGUGGAAGGUUCCCCGCCCGUCACCUGUAAGUGGUACCGAAGUGGGAACAUGCCGCUGUUCACCACCUCAACCCAUUCCCACCGGAUCAAGGGAGGGGGGAAUGAGCACAGUGGCACCUACUACUGCAAGGCCAUCAACUACACUAUCAUGGUCCAGAGUCAGCCUGUCACCGUAGAUGUGAAGAUGGCAAUGUGGAAGAAAUGUUUUAUCGUGGCCUGCUGUCUGCUAGUGGUGGCUGUCCUGGUCCUCGCCUGCGUGCUGUGCUACAAUUCCAAGAGAGGUAGAGAGACCUAUAGUCCCCCAGAAAUACAGGCCUUUGCUGGUGUCUGA